AGACGCUGCCGGGGAAAUGGCGUUCAGCUCGGCCUGGAAGCGAAUGUCGUGGCUUUACUACCAGUACCUGCUGGUGACGGCUCUUUACAUGCUGGAGCCCUGGGAGCGGACGGUCUUCAAUUCCAUGUUAGUGUCUAUUAUUGGAAUGGCACUUUACACUGGCUAUGUUUUCAUGCCUCAACAUAUAAUGGCCAUCUUGCAUUAUUUUGAAAUUAUGCAGUGACGAAUCUCCGAAAGAAGCCAGUUAGAAAUGAAGAUCAGAUUGCUAAGAAAACUGAUUAUUUACAACUUAAGGAAUCCUACAGAUGGCAAAAUGAGCACCAUUUGAUGAUUGUGGCAGCCACUAGGGGCAUAUGGAGAUGCAAAUGCAUUUUAUUUAUGUAUAAGAUUCCCUUGUAUAUUUUGUCUAUUAAUACUGUGAUUGUUUGUACCUUUGAUAUCAGUAUUUUCUUAACUUUGUGACUGUCUUAGUAUUAUACUGUAAAAGCUUUUCCUAAUGUACAUUUUGCCUUCUAUUUUUUAAUCAAAAAUUACCUUAUUAAGUGGAGCUUGAAGCUUUUGCUAUUGUAUACUUAGGUCCAUCUGGGUAUAUUUCUAGUAGAACAUUUUGUAAGAAUGUGUUUAGAUUCAUGUAUAAACGUGGAUAUACUCAUAAAACUUUCUUAUAAAACUUA